AUGUCAUCAGUCAAAAGCCCUUCCAUGUUUUCCCAGGCGCUGGGAGGUCUUUUUAUGGAGGAUCGUUUCUCAGAUGUGACCAUUGUCUGCCAGAACGUGACUUUCAAAGCCCACCGUGCCAUUAUCUGCACACAGUGUCCUUUCUUCGAUGCUGCCCUUAAGCAUGACUUUCAGGAAUCCAUCAGCGGGACCAUCAAUCUACCUGACGAUGACCCGGAGACCAUCAGACGAGUCCUCUGCUUUCUGUACCAGCAGACUUACAAUGACAAUGACCAAGAUGCGGAGCCAACGAACAACAGGCCAGGCAAUUCUAUGAUCAUAUUGGGCGAUGUUGGUAACAGAAAGGCCAUUGCUUACAACAACCUCUCUGUCUACCUUGCGGCAGAUAAAUUUGGCAUCUUGCCUCUCAUGCAACUUGCUUCACGCAAGCUUUCUGCGUGGAUCAGAGACAACUACAUGGCAUCCUCGUUUCCCGAAAUUGCUCUCCAAAUUAUGAGGUCAAAUCUCCCUCAUGAUCCCAGCCUUAUCAAUGUUCUUGUGGAAAUCAUUUCCAACAACCUCGAUGAGCUUGGCUGCAACAUGGAGAUCCUGCAGCUUCUCCGGCAUUACGGUCAACUUGCAUGUCUCAUUAUUGAGAGAAUAGUGGAAAAGGAGAUGAUUGCCUAUCGACGCGCCCAUUGCCAUGGGUGCCAACAACAUUUUAAUGUGACCAAGGAGGUGAGCCUGCGUGGUUUCCGUUGUGGCAAUUGUCGGGCUCAGGAUGAAAGUUGA